GGGCUCGACUACUGCACGCACCAAUCUUCGCGACUCAGCCUUGGAAUUGCACCUGGGCUGCUGUUAAGCGACCUGCCAUCCUUGACCAGAGACCGCGGCCUUCACGCAACGUCUGCUCAUCCGCCAUGGCCCGCCGCAGCUCUGCGCGUCUGCGCAACCAGAACACUCCAAAGCGAGUGUCGCUGUCGCACGAUGCUCCCACCCGCACCCCUCGCACGCUGCCCGCGAAGCUGUCGUCGGUCGAGGAGAACGAUGACAUGCCAGGCGCAUUUCCGACGACGGACUCACCAUCCACCGCGACCGUCUCGUACCCGAGUCUUCCCACGACCAACACACAGCCAACGGAACACCAGACGCCGACGAGGAACACCGGCAUCAAGCCCGACGAGCGCGAGAUGCACCCACAGCUCCACCACCAGAGCACUGCUAAGAUCAGAGAGGAGGCGCGCCAUCUGGGCUUCUUGAAUAUGGCUCCUCAUACAGAACCUGCAAAGCAGAAGGGCAGCCUCGCAGUUCUACAGGGCACUCCCACCAAGGUCCGCGACCUCGAGAAGGAUGCCAAGACCCCGUCUUAUCAGUUCACAUUCAGCCGAGACUUCUCGCUCGAGCUCAGCCCGGAAGCAAAGAAGCUCAUGUCAGAGAAGCGCGAGGAAGCUGCGCGAAUUAGGGAACAAAUGGUGGCCGAUGGUGAGGCUCCACAAAGCAUUGACGAAGUGCUCGCUGCCCGCCGAAUGGCAAAGCCAAAGGGUAGAUUCUCACAAGCACACAUGAAGGAACAAGACAAGAUGGACUCGAUCGCCAACCAUGCUAGCGCUUGGAGAGCAGACCCGAGCCGCUUUAAACCCGCGAGUGAGGUCAAGCCGGCAGGUCCCAGAUCGCUCAAGCGCAGCCCUUCAAAGGCGCGACUGGACGAACCUGAGAGCUCUUCGAGACCAGGAUCCAGCGAAGGACCAAAGUCUGGCUCGGCUGUUAGAGGAGGCACCUUGCCACGACCUACAUCUUCCAGAGAUCUAACUCGUACUGCCGGCGAGACAUCCCCAGCGAAGCGCGUCAAGAUCGUUGAGACUGAUGACGUGUCUGUCAGUAGUCCAAAGAUUGAUCUGGCUGCAGAGUCCAUUACCGCUACGCCAAACAAGCAGUCCAAGAUUGCAACACUGUCCACGCCGACCCAGGCUUCGAUUGCCAGGGCCGCGAGCGUGAAGAGUACCAAGGCCUCCUGCAAGAUUCCUGCACCGCAGUUCAAGCCUGCAGCAACGCCUCUGAAGUCUGCUCUUAAGAAGCCGACACAGUUUGUCGAGCCACAGGCCUCUACCCCGUUGCUCGCCCGCUCGCCCUCGAAAGCUUCUCUCUUCACCGCUGCCACGUCUUCUAGUGCCGCAGCACCUGUACAGAAGUCGACAUCGAUGAUGAGCCCAUCCUUUGCCCGCACUCCGGCGAAGGCCGGGCUGUCGAAGAAGAAUGAUGUGGGUGACCAGCAAGAAGCCACCACGAAGGAGAAGCCUGUGCCAUUGCUGUCCCGCUCGCCAGCGAAGGCACCUAUCACCAAGACGAAUGAGGAAGAUCCGUUCCAAGUUCGUCCAUCUGCUGCCGUCCCCUUGCUCUCUCGCUCGCCAGCGAAGGCACCAAUCACCAAGACCAACGAGGAAGACCCGUUCCAGGCUACCGCUUCUUCUGCUGUUCCAUUCCUCUCUCGUUCUCCAACGAAGCUGCCUAUGGCCACCACAAGCAAUGCAGAGGGAGCAGAAGAGCAGAGCACAACGACGAGCGAGCUUCUUGGCCGCUUUAAUCUUCUCCGCAAGUCGCCAAUGAAAUCCAUUCUUCGCUCACCUCAGCGUCUUUACUCCGAUGACCCUUCCAAGGUUGCGGCGGGUACACAUUUGGCCACGCCGCCAGGCAAAAAGGCAGCAGUGCUGAACAAGGAUUUGCCUCCGGUGCCGCCUGCUACUGCCCAGACUCGGAAGCACGUCGACUUCUCCUCAUCGACCAAGGCUCGCGAUGCAAAGACGCAGGAUCCUGCAUCAAGUUCAGAAUCUAAGACUCCGACCCCGUCGCCUAAGAGUGAUCGAGUGACGAAGACUACAGCUACUCCAGUUCAAGAGACGCAGCAAGAGCCAGAACAGCAGACUAGUGCUUAUCCUAGCUUGCCACUUGCUGCUCCGUCAUACGAUCGUGUGCCGUCACUAUCACCAUCGCCUCAGAAGCGUCGGCAGACAGCAGGACCGCAGGAUUUCACGUUCCGCGCAGGAGAGCAAGAUAUUGUCUUCGCUCAAUCGCCGAAUGCCCCUGCUUCUGCUGCCCGUAGCGCUCGGCCGCCCACGAUCCGAUAUGUCUCGGCGGAUGCUGCAGUGCCAGUUGCGUCGCCAUUCGGCACCAAGAAGCGCAAGUUCGAAUUCGAGAAUCGACAGGCUGCUUCUGCGGUAGACGAGAUCGUGUCACCUCCAGUCGGAACCAAGAAGCGAAAGUUCGACUUCGAGAACAAGGUCGUCACGUCUAAGCCUGACACGGAUGUCGACAUGGUAUCUGACAAGGAGAACACGCCAGUUGUCGAGGAGAACAGGGAAGAAGAAUCCGAGCGUCCGGCUAAGCGCGCGAAGCCCACCGUGCUUUCACCGAAGGCUAAGGUUGUGUCAAAGGCGGUGCCAAAAGCAGCCAUGCAAACCACUGCAGCCGCGACUGCACGUCGCACCACGCUGGGUGUGAAGCCGAAAGGUGUGAAGAGUGCAAGCCCGGUGAAGAAGGCACGUCCGAGCUCGACGAUCAGUCAGGCGAGGCUCGCUGCUCUGUCGCAGCCGAAGAAGCGGAACUAGGAGUUUGAUGGAGAGAAAGUGGUUUCUUCGGCCGCGGAUGAAAUGGAUACUGGUCCAUGAAGUUUGGGUGUGCAUUGUCAGCACGAUGUUGCACAGCGGAGCACAUGCUGCCGUGCAUCCGUUGGCAUAGCAUGGACUGUUGUUGGGAAGAAAAGAGAAAGAGUCUUGGUGAACAAAAGCAGACUGCGGUGUCUUUGGUCUUGGUUGUAACAGAAUGUCCCUUGUUUCGUACCUUGUUGGCGGUCAUCCCAAUGGGGGAAUACCUGAGUAUCUUAGCGCGGCGCUUGGCGAAGAACUCUUUGAACAUGGGUUUGGUGUGUCUGUACAGUAUAGUUUAUGCACAGCAUAACAUGCACGAAUG